AUGUGCCUGAGCCUCCUCCUGGGACGUCCCGUGGAUGAAAGCAAAGUACAAGGACAGAGUGAAGCGCUUGUAUUACAGCCUCUCUCUUACUUGUGUUACCUGUGCACUUCACACAAACCAGCGUAUCCGCCGGAUCACACGAGACCUCUUCGAUCGGCCGGCGAUGUUGCGGUGAACAGAAGUGAUGUCCUUCUGGAUCUAAGUUUCCUGAAAACUGAGUGGAGCUUGUGGAUUGGACAGCAUGGUGGUGGAGUGAUGGGUGGAGGCCGGCCGGUGUUGGUUGUACCCGUUCUCAGGAGGAGGUGA